AUGCCCCGAAAACGCCGCGCCGCCGAUGAUGAAGACGACGAGGAGGAAGAGAGUGUCAAUGAUACUCCAGCCCGUACACAGACGCAACGAGCCACGCAGCGCCGACGCAGCGCCACUCCCAACUCCGAGGACGAAUAUCAACAGCCUGGGAGCCACACACAGAGCUACGGUUCGACGAACGUGAUGGUAAAGAAGCUGGUCCGGCUGGCUUUGGCAAGUGAAUACUCGCGCCAAGUCAUCCGCCGAACAGACAUAACCAGCAAAGUGUUGGGUGAGGGCGGAUCGCGGCAUUUCAAGCUCGUGUUUCAUGAUGCACAGAAGACGUUGAAAGAGGUUUUUGGCAUGCAGAUGGUUGAGCAGCCCAAUAAAGAGAAGGUCACCAUUAGCCAAAAGAGAGCGGCUCAACGCGUGGAAAAAGCAAGCACAACAAAGUCAUGGACGGUAAUAUCUACCUUACCGUCUGCAUAUAAGAUACCGGCCAUCCUACAACCGCCCAAGGCGCCUUCAUCUGCUACUGAAAGCUCAUAUAUCGCCAUAUACACCUUUAUCAUCUCGCUGAUUAUGUUAUCUGGUGGAUCGCUGCCGGAAGACAAGCUGAACAGAUACCUACGCCGUGUCAACGCGGAGACAUAUACGCCUCUUGAUAGGACAGACAAGUUACUUGCUCGUCUGUGUAAGGAAGGGUACCUGGUGAAGAUUCGGGAUUCGGAUACGGGGGAGGAGGUGAUAGAAUAUUUUGUUGGACCGAGAGGAAAAGUGGAGGUUGGUGUGUCUGGAGUGUCAGGGCUGGCGAGGGAAGUAUUCGGGAUAGGACAGGGAGGAGAAGAUGAACCAGACAAUGAGCAGUUUGAGAAGAGGCUAGGUAGAAGUUUGGGGAUUAAGAAGGACGUGCCAGUAGCAGAAACGGAGGCUACGGAAGACGGGGCCCAGCGUAGGAGAGGACGCAGGAACGGUGAUGAUGAUCCAGAUGCGUAG